CUGCCUGGCGGACCCCGCGCAGGUGCAGAGUACUGUGCGUCCGGGAGCGCGUACGGAUCCCUGGCGUCUGUUGGUCCGUUCGUGUCUGUCCUGUAUCUCUCUCUCAGCUUGUCCUUCUUCAUACUGGGGGUCCUCCGUCCAGGGUUGCACAUUCUGGGCUGGGCUCGAUUGCAGCUGGAGCGUCGCCUCCAGAUCGAGAGGGGCUCAGGCUCCCCAGCAGCGGCCCCUUUGAUCUCCUUGCUCCCAGCCGCCAACCCUUGGCUUCCGAGGGCUGCGAGAUCUCUGAAUAGUGGGCGGGCGCGGCGGGGUGGGUGCGUGGGGACCUCUGUCCCCCGGGAGCCUCCCUGGCUUUCUCCCUCUCUCCCAGAUCGGAGCAGCCCCUCAGUCACCAUGUCUGCAGCCUGGAUCCUGGUUCUCUGCCUCGGUGUCUGUCUGCUGCUGGCAGAGCCUGCGGGCAGCGAGGGAGCUGUUCCCAUUGCUAUUACAUGCUCUACCAGAGGCCUGGACAUCAGGAAAGAGAAAGUAGACGUCCUCUGCCCAGGGGGCUGCCCUCUUGAGGACUUCUCUGUGUUUGGGAAUGUAGUGUAUGCUUCUGUAUCAAGCAUCUGUGGCGCCGCUGUGCACAGGGGAGUGAUCAGCCUUUCUGGGGGACCUGUGAGAGUCUAUAGCCUACCCGGUCGAGAAAAUUACUCCUCAGUAGUCGCCAAUGGCAUCCAGUCUCAAACACUUUCCAGAUGGUCUGCUUCUUUCACAGUGACCAAAGGCAAAAGUGAUACCCAGGAAGCCACAGGACAAGCAGUGUCCACAGCACAUCCACCAACAGGUAAAAGACUAAAGAAAACAUCCGAGAAGAAAACUGGCAACAAAGACUGUAAAGCAGACAUUGCAUUCCUGAUCGAUGGAAGUUUUAAUAUUGGGCAGCGCCGGUUUAAUUUACAGAAGAAUUUUGUUGGGAAAGUGGCUCUAAUGUUGGGAAUUGGAACAGAAGGACCACACGUGGGCCUUGUUCAAGCCAGUGAACACCCCAAAAUAGAAUUUUACUUGAAAAACUUUACAUCAGCCAAAGAUGUUUUAUUUGCCAUAAAGGAAGUAGGUUUCAGAGGGGGUAAUUCCAACACAGGAAAAGCCUUGAAGCAUACAGCCCAGAAAUUCUUCACGGCAGACACUGGAGUGAGAAAAGGGAUCCCCAAAGUGGUGGUGGUGUUUAUUGAUGGCUGGCCUUCAGAUGACAUUGAGGAAGCAGGCAUUGUGGCCAGAGAGUUUGGUGUCAAUGUAUUUAUAGUUUCUGUAGCCAAACCUAUCCCUGAAGAACUGGGGAUGGUACAGGAUGUUGCGUUUGUUGACAAGGCUGUCUGUCGGAACAAUGGCUUCUUCUCUUACCACAUGCCCAACUGGUUUGGCACCACCAAAUAUGUAAAGCCUCUGGUUCAGAAGCUCUGCUCUCAUGAGCAAAUGAUGUGCAGCAAGACCUGUUAUAACUCAGUGAACAUUGCUUUCCUAAUUGAUGGCUCCAGCAGUGUUGGAGAUGGUAAUUUCCGCCUCAUGCUUGAAUUUGUUUCCAACAUAGCCAAGACUUUUGAAAUCUCUGACAUUGGUGCCAAAAUAGCAGCUGUACAGUUCACCUAUGAUCAGCGCACAGAAUUCAGUUUCACUGACUAUAACACCAAAGAAAAUGUUCUAGCUGUUAUCAGAAACAUCCGUUAUAUGAGCGGUGGAACAGCUACUGGGGAUGCCAUUUCAUUUACUGUCAGAAAUGUGUUUGGUCCCAUAAGGGAUAGUCCCAAUAAGAACUUCCUGGUAAUUGUCACAGAUGGGCAGUCCUAUGAUGAUGUCCGAGGCCCUGCUGCUGCUGCACAUGAUGCAGGUAUCACCAUCUUCUCUAUUGGUGUGGCUUGGGCACCUUUGGAUGACCUGAAAGAUAUGGCUUCUAAACCGAAGGAGUCUCAUGCUUUCUUCACCAGAGAGUUUACAGGAUUAGAACCAAUUGUUUCCGAUGUCAUUAGAGGCAUUUGUAGAGAUUUCUUAGAAUCCCAGCAACAGUGACAUUUUGAUAACUGAAAGAAAAAGUGCAAGGCACUCUAAUGUAUAAGUUGUAUUCUCUUAAUACUGAAAUACUAUAGUCUAGCAUCAGAUACAAAACUAUUAUAUUAAAGAUGUCAACAGCUGUUUUAAUAAGCAAAUAAGCAUUCAUUUAAAGCUACUACAUUCUGGUUAAAUUUACAGACUUUUAAUUAUUCAACAAACACUACUGAAGCUUCCUAAUCAACCCUUAGAAAGGCAGGAAAAAGGUGUUAUCAUGGAUUAAAAUCAUACGAGUUCUAUUCUAUCAUGCCUAUUAAAUGUAUGGACAUGCAAAGUCCAUAGCUCAAUAAAAGAAUCAGAUACUUAAACUGAAAGCAACAUUCCUUGCCAAAUCAUUCUGUACUAAAUAUACAAGGAAGAUAAAUGAGAAAUUUCAACGAAAAUCAGCUCUAAAACACAGUUCAAGUAAAAACAUUUUGACCCAAGUGUUUUCUGAAAACCGAUCAACCAAUAAGGUUGUUACUUCAUAUAAUGAAGUUUGCAUAUGGAUGAUUUGGAAGAGAAUCGUGUAUUGAGCUGCUUUUGUAGUGUGUUUUCCUAUUAACUUAUGAAUGAAAAUAUCACACCCAAUGAAAUGGCAGGAUUACUUGGUAUUUUUCUAUUUAUAUCUUUAAUUUUAUAUGUGUAUAGAUUUGGCUUGUACUCUAAACGCCAUCCAUGUACUGAAGAACUGUUAAAGUGGUAAAAUUUUUACUUAUUCCUAUUCUUUAAACAUUUAGCUUUAAAGAAUAACACAUAUUACAAAUAUAACUGCAGCAAUAAUUAUAGUUUGAAUAUUCGAGCAAUAAAAACCGCUGGUGACUGUUA